AUGUCCAGUUUUAAACUCGAUAUUGAUGCGCUGAUUGUGGAACUCUUAACGGUCGGCGCCACAAAAUGCAAUUCGAUAUUCGAACGCGUCUCACAGGACACUGUCGUCGCGUUGUGCGCAAAAGCUAAAAAGACGUUCUUAUCGCAAUCAUCACUCGUUGAAGUUGAGCCGCCAAUUCGAAUUUGUGGUGAUACGCAUGGUCAUUAUGAUGAUGUGUUGCGUUUAUUUGACAAAGGCGGCUUUCCACCGAAGUUCAACUACAUUUUCUUGGGAGAUUACGUCGAUCGGGGAAAGCAAUCACUUGAGACUAUUUUGCUGUUGUUUUGUUACAAAGUCAAAUAUUCGGAGAAUUUUUUCCUCUUACGCGGCAAUCAUGAAUGCUCAGCUGUCAAUAAAGAUGUAUUUAACGUGAUGCCACUUGUCGGUUUGGUUGGUGGUCGAAUAUUGUGUAUGCACGGAGGACUUAGCCCACGCCUCGAAUCACUCGAUCAGCUGAGAACGCUGAAGCGGCCAAUAGACCCUCCAAACCCAUCAUUGCACAUCGAUCUUCUCUGGUCGGAUCCGGAUCCUUACAUACAGGGUUGGCACACAAAUUCUCGAGGUGUUUCGUUCGCGUUUGGUGCAGAUGUCGUGAAGUCGAUUUGUCAGCGCCUUGGUCUCGAUCUCAUUGUGAGAGCUCACCAAGUUGUGGAAGAUGGCUAUGAAUUCUUUGCUGAUAGACGCUUGGUGACGAUUUUCUCGUGUCCGUAUUAUUGUGGUUUGCAAAGCAACAAAGCUGCAAUCAUGUGUAUUGACGAGAAUAUGAAAUGCUCGUUUUUGGUGUUACAGCCAACUUAUGAACGACUCGUCGAGGCUGCAUGGCGGAUCAAGGAAAAUUCGAAUUUAAUCUUACCGCCUAAACGUGUUGCU